ACCAAAAUAUAAUAUUGAAUAAAGUCAUUAAUUAAUUAACCACUUUACUAGCUAUCACUUAUUCAGGUAUUAACCCAGAAUAAUCCCUGAAACAAUAUUUUGCAUUUAAAAGAGAAACACAUCCCAAAUAUGUUAGCAUUGUUCCAAAAGAUUAUCGACGGAUUUUAGUUAGAAAGCUAUUCCAUUGUCCCCAAUUGUGUUCCCGUUCACUACAAAGUGAUAAAGGCAGUCGGCAGAAAGACCUGAAUUCAGGUUUUUUGUCAACUGAUAUUUGAUACCAAGCUGUGAUUUGAUCCAACAAUUAUAUUCAGAAACACUACAACUGAAUUAUUCCAGUCGCGACUAACUUUUAGGACUGAGAGAAACUUCAACAGAAAUAAUUCCAUGUUUAUCUAGUCCGUACUACUUUUCCAUUAACACGAAUCAAGUUACAAUAUGGACACUCUCCUAAGUGAUUUGACAUCACCUAUGUUUACGGGGCUUUAUGAUGUGUGCCUCUAAACAACUCACAUCAAAAAGUUGUGCAAGGGAUGUUGAGUCAUCUAAACUAGUGGAAAAAUAUAAUUUGGUUGGAGUAAUUUUACUAACCGAUUUAUUAGUUAAUAUAAAAUUACAGAAAGUCUUCAUCAAAGGCGAAAAUCGUUCAUUAAGUACGUCAUUAGCACAUCUUCCAUCAAUCGUCACUUACAAACUUUAUCGAUCCUUCAUUCAUGAUGCUAUUACGAUUACUCUUUUUACAUUCCUGUUCUCUUUAAUUGGAUCAUCUCAACGUUCCGCUGCCAGGCAUUCCACUUCUGAUUAGUGUUAUAUACUACUUAUAUCUGUCGACAUUUCUAAAUAUGUCUCAAUGAAAUACAGAAUCUAAACGAAAUGCUUUCAAACAGUUCAAUCACUUGUCAUUUUCUGCUGGAUUAUUGACAUUU